AUGGCGCUAACCAGCAUUUCCCGCCGCACGCAUUGGUUCGGUGUCGCCCUCCUCUUCAUCUCCUCCAUCCUCCUCCUCAUAACCACCAUCUCGGCCCCAAUCUGGAACCACGUAAGCCUACUUGACGUCACUUUGACCAACGCCACCUCCCUGCGCAACUCCUCCGUCACCUUCGGCACCUUCGGCUACUGCAUUCUCGAUGUCCCGCCCGUCGCCACCCACCAAGACUGGUGCACGCACCACAAAAUCGGCUACGCGCCCGCGGACAUCAUGGCACGCAUCGACCACACCUCCUUCUCCGAGAUGGCGGCGGGCACGAGCGACAGUCUAACGCGGGUCAUGGUCCUCCACCCAAUCGUGUGCGUGCUCGCGUUCGCAGCCUUCCUGACAUCACUGGGAAGCGGGAUUAUCGGCUCGCUCAUCGGCGCCUUCAUCGCUUUCGUCACGUGGGUGCUUGUGCUCAUCAGUCUGGCGGUGGAUUUCAGCCUGUUUAGUAUCGUGAAGCAUCACGUCAACCACGACAAGAGCGGCAGCAAGGCUACCUACGGUUCGGCGAUUUGGCUUCUGCUGGUGAGCUUCGUCACGCUGUUCUUUGGGAUGCUGAUCGUGUUCUUCACCUGUUGCACGCAUCAGAGAGAAAAGCGGAUCGCAGGCCAGAGGGCGAAGGAGGAAGGCACCUACCCGGCGGCGAGUGCGGGUGGGACUGAUGGUGUGGCGGCACCAAGGAAGAAGAGGUUCGGCAUCUUCUAA